AUGAAAUAUUUAAUCCUAUUCUAUUUAACUAUUUGUUUUGCUUAUCCAAAUGUGUUGGAUAUAAUAUUACCAUCUUAAAGGAAGUUAUUAGAAAGAUUAAGAGAGAAACACAGUGAUCGCAAACUUGAGGAUGUUUAAAGUUCAUGGGAACCUUUAAGAUUACACUUUGAAUUCUUGGAAUCUCCACCUUAAGAUGUCUUAGAUUAAAUUAAUACAGUAUUAAAUAUAGCGAAAACAUUUUUUGGAAGACAUUUAUUAGUAAAACGAUAGAAAGGAAAUUUGUAAUGGAAAUCUAGUUAUGAAACAGAUUGGUCACUAUUUGAAGUGCCAGUUUCAUUAUAAAAGAGUUAUGAUGCUGAUUUGGUAUUUUUCAUAGGAUAAGAGAUUAAUAAAGAUGUAGACUAUAUAGCAAGAGCAGCACCUAUGAUUUUUGAUGAAAAUACAGGAAGACCAAUAUUUGGAUUGAUGCAACUUAAUAAUUAUCAUAUGAAAGAGUAUUAGGUAUGAAUAGAAUAAAAUAUAAUAAGGGUACAGAUGCUAAAUUUGAAGCAGCUGUCUAAAUAGUUUUACAUGAAUCAAUUCAUGGUCUUGGAUUCACAGAUAAUUUAUAUGGAAACUAUUAUAAUAGUACAUCUAAUGAGAAAUACAAUUUUACAGUUUANGUAGAGUCAAUUUUGUGA